UCCUCUUUUGUUUACGCGCCGUGUGGAGCUGCCUCCUCCUCCACCUCCACCGUCUCCAGGAACACAGACACAGUUUGAAAGCCGCAAACACCGCCGUUUACCGCAGUGUCUGAUCCGAUAUAGCGAGGAAACAUGUCGGCGAACGGAGCCGGACGAGCGGGAGAAGACUCCACGGACGCGAAGCCGAACGACGUGCCGAGGUCCAAGGCAUCUUCAUCUGCUCCUCAGGAAGUGGACGCCAAGGCCCAGUCCCACAGCUUCAGGUACAGCCUUGAUUUCCCCAGCAUCGGCCAGUGCAUCAUCAUCAACAACAAGAACUUCGACAGGAGAACAGGCAUGAAUCAGCGGAAUGGGACCGACGUGGAUGCGGCCAACGCGAUGAAAGUCUUUGCCAAGUUGGGAUAUAAAGUGAAGGUUUACAACGACCAGACAGUCGAGCAGCUGAAGCAGGUUUUACUUGGCGUAUCAAAGGAGGAUCACAGCUCCUCGGCCUCGCUCGUGUGUGUCCUGCUGAGUCACGGGGACGAGGGCGUGUUCUUCGGGACCGACGGCUCCGUGGAGCUCAAGUACCUCACGUCGCUCUUCCGAGGCGACCGCGUCAAAUCACUGGUGGGAAAACCCAGACUCUUCUUCAUACAGGCUUGCAGGGGCACUGAACUGGAUGGAGGGAUUGAAACAGACAGUGUAGACGAUGGCACCACCAGGAUCCCUGUGGAAGCUGACUUCCUCUACGCCUUCUCCACAGCCCCAGGCUACUACUCGUGGAGGAACACCACGAGCGGCUCCUGGUUCAUGCAGUCGCUGUGCGAAAUGAUCAGCAAGUACGGAAAAGAGUUGGAGCUCCAGCACAUCAUGACACGAGUGAACCACAAGGUGGCAGUGGAGUUUGAGUCCGUCUCCUACUCACCAGGUUUUAAUGCAAAGAAACAGAUCCCGUGCAUCGUGUCCAUGCUGACCAAAGAGAUGUAUUUCACCCCCUGAUGCUGGUUGUGCUUGUGAAGUUUACACAUUCUGACUGAAAAUCUCUUGAAACAUCCGUUACAUAAAUCUGUCAGAGCAGAUGUGAUGCUGAAUUGCUUUUACUCAACAAACUUGGGAUUAUAAGGUUCUUAUUGCACUGUUCUAAAAACACACAAUCGGAUAUCUUUUUCUCAGCAGCACAUUUUUUUUGUACACAUUUAAGCUUGAAAUAUCAUUUUUAAACAAUGCAUUAAACAGUAAUGUAACAUUACAAUUUUGUUAAAAUCGUGAAAAGAUGGAGGUAAAAAGACAAUUGGCUGUGUAAAUCCCAAGUUGGUUACCAGUAGAUGCCUCUUCGCUGUUUACACUUAACAACAUUUCAGGGAAUUAAUAUCGGGAGACUCUUUAAUAGGAAGUUUGACCUUUUAUAUCUGUUUAAUCAUGAAGACACAUUAGGUCAGUCUGUUGGGAUCUUUUCUGUGUCAGUUGUUCUUUUUUACACCACUGAGUCUUGAUAGUUAAUGUCUGGAGCAUCUGAUUUGGGACAUUUGCAUUCUCACACUACAGCCUCUUAAAGAAAUCUUUUCCGGUCAUGUCUGGCUGUGUGGAGCCCAUCUUGCACUCCAUAGGUAUAUUAAAUGAUAAAGUUGUGUGGCACAUUCAGACACACCCAGUAAGCUAGCAUGUGUUUGUGUGUGUGGUUUUUAGUGUUAAGACUUAAGAAUACAAUUCUUAAUAUUAUUCAUUAUCUAUGGAUUUCUUUGAAGGAGCAGUUUCCUGUGAUUGUCCUUUCAUAUGUGGAAACAAGCUCCUCAUAGCAAACAUGAGUAAAGCCUGUCAACCUUCCCAAUGCUGUUAUGUGAUAAGUAUUUGAUACUUACUUCAUUACUUAUUCAGGUGUGUUUUAUUUAUUUCUUGUGGUUCUUUUUUUUACUGAAAUCACAGUUUUUAAUGCAGCAAACAAUCGGAAAGACUCAUUUGCGUUUAAAACAUGUUCCAGUGCUAUUAGACAAUCCAGUCCUUGGAAUUUACUUUAGUUUGCUACGAAUCUCACUCUUUGUCUACUUUGAUGUUACAUCACUGCAGUUUGGCUGUUGUUUUGUUUUUCCUGAAGAAUAAAGACCACUUUUCAUCGA